UUUAGCUGUUUUCAUUGUAUACGCAUGAUAUAUCGCAUAUGUUGGAGGGAUGAAUGACCCAAGUGAACGGACCUGUUAUGUAUGCAAUCUCCAUGAAAACGUCACUGAAGAACUUCUUAAGGAGCUGUUCAGUCAGGUGGGACCCCUUGAUACAAUCAUUUUGCGUACUAGCAGUAAUCGUGACUGUGGUUCGGCACAUCGAUAUGCAUUAAUCGUGUUCAAACAUGAAGUGAGUGUUCCGUUUGCAUGUGAAAUGCUUGAUCGAAUUGAGCUUUUCAGCAAACAAAUUUCGGUUCGACCUAAGCAAGGCACUCGGCAGGCGUUGCAGUAUUGGACCCCUACUUCUGUUCCUGCAUUUCAUAAUUCGGUUUCUUGUUCAUCACGAAAUUAUGCAAACAGUGGAUUAUUUGAUGUCUAUAGACGCAGACAAAACGAAAGUGAAGAGUAUAAUAUAAAGCGCACCCGAGAAGAUAAACGUGGUGUGAAUAUUUUCACUAUGUUUACUGCUGCGGACCUGUAGGAUGUGGAUGGCACAUCUUAUUACACCAAAUAAAUUAAAUUUGUGGCACCAUUACUUUGUCCUAUAAAAAAUAAUUCAUUUUAUAUUGUAUUCGACUAUUUUACACUUUCUCUUGACUUCUGCGUGUUUCCCGUUAUAGUUAAAUGAAUGUAUUGCAUUACAAAUAUAUAUUUUUUGAUUAAAUUUUGGUGCUUAUAUAGUUCCGCACUAUUUUGAGAACAGGACUGACCAGUUUUUUUUUUCUGUGAUGAUAGUUCCAACCGCAUAUCUAGCGGCUGCAGACCAGGUUUAUAUGCUG